AUCAUUACAGCAGUCGACUGUGCGCACGUGGUAGGGUAGCGCGUGGGUGCCUCGCGCGAAGAUCGAGCGAGCGAGAGAACGAACGAACGAAAGAAAGAAGGAAGGAACGAGCGAGCGAGCGAGCGAGCGAGAGACUCGAGAGAGGCAUGGGUGGGGUUCUCGAGGACGAAUCGUUUCGCUUUUCUCGCAGGAACGUCUGGUACGAGUCGCUUCGUAGUGUAGCGAGCGUGCCUCUCACGAGCGGUGGGCAACGCGCGACGUCUUCGGCUGGUAAUGGCCGUGCAUGCCGUUCACGCGUCGAAUAUCUAGUUCAUGCGGCCCUGUAAAAGAGAGAGAUGGACGUUUCGAGGUCACGCGGGCUUCCUCGCGGGCUCUGAGAGAGCUGCCGAAUCAGUGAAACUGGAGCAGCGAGAGGCGUCGGAUUCAGGCGGAUUCAGCCGGACGUACGACGUUAUUCCACGGAGCGACAAGCUGUCAAGACUUCGUGUCUGACGUCGCCGAGUGAGAGAGAUAGAGGGGAGAGUGAGCCGAAAGACGACGAGAGUACACAAGGUGUUGGCCGCGAUUGCGUCUUAUCAUGCUUAUCGACUGGCCGCACAGCGACGACAACGACGACGGCGACGGGGACGGCAACGACGACGAGCACUGACCUCGCUGAAUCGUGCCGCGCUCUCGUAGCAGCUGCUGCUGCUGCAAGCCUCAUCGAAGCUCAAUGAUUGUGAGUCUGGUGUUCCGUGACUCAUUAUUUCGCAGCUUGGCAGCGGCUCGCUGCAGAGGAAGGAAUCGUCUCGCGCGGAUUUCGACAUCAUUGCCACGCACGCGCGCGCGCGGCAGAGAGCGCCAAGAGACAAAGAGAGAAAGAGAGAGAGAGAGAGAGAGUGAGAGAGAAUCAGAGAUUCUUGGAAUAUGUGAGUAAGGUGUGUACUUGCCGCAUACUCGUGAACAGUUCCCUCUCUUUCUCUCUCUCUCUCUCUCUUUCUCUCUCUCUCUGUCUUUUCUCCCCACGAAAAUGCCGCGGUAAUUUUGGAUCCGAAGAAACGUUCGACAGGAUGAGUCGAUAUUUUUAGCAUCAAAACAUAUCGGCGGUGUUCAUGAUGGAGAAAAAGGGACUGCGGAAAAAGGACAUGCUGAGGAUGGACGGCUUGUUGCCACCAACGCGGCGUUUACCUGUUUGCGACGCGGUAUCCGGCACGUCGGCCAAGAAGAAGGACAGGAAAUGGUCGAUAGGCGGUAUUCUGCGGCGGAUAUCCUCGAUUAGAGACUACGAUAGUUCCUCCAACGACGAAGAGAUCGUCUACUGCAAGAGAACACCGAGGAAACUGACGAAACUCAACAGACAGACGAACGAUGUGGUUCUGCAGUCGAUAGAGAACAACCCGGAGCAGGACAACAGAGGGGUAAAAAUCGAGAACAGCACUCGUCGCUCGACGGGGUCGCCGUCGCAGCUGCGUCGCGAUUCGCUGCAUUCUCGCAGCAGCGACGGUUCACUGGACGGCUCGGGCAAGAAGAUUCGGAAGAACAAGCUGAAGGCGCGGGCCGAAGCGAAGAGAGAUCACCUGCGCGCCGACAGCAGCUCCGAUGAGGAUUGUCGGCGAUCCAACGGGUCGCUCAACCGAUUCCACGCCGCCGACGGCGCGUACAACGGUCAACGGAGCAACGUGUGCAACAGGAAGACGCGAGCCGCCCGCACGGAGCGCUACAUCAAGCGACUGUCAAGAGACGACGGCAACGGCGACACCUCGAAUGAACCGCCCAAUAAAAGAUGUUCCUCGGAACACACGGCGGAGGAUGAGCAGCAGCAGCAACAACGUGUCGUUUACGCGGAUAUGAACGGAUCCUGCCGACCGCCCGUGCACCCGCGUCGUGCGAUCAGCGUGGCUUCCCCUCAAAACUCCCCGAACACUCGCGCACUACCCCCUCAGAGAUCCUCUGUGGAGAGCCUGCGGAUCAACGCGGACUGUGUGGGCCUACCCGAUCCUGAAAUCGUUUCCUUUAACGACUGCAGGAGGUAUUCCAGCGGACAAUAUGUCACGGACAUGAAUCAGAAUAACACUUACGCCAAGAUCUCACGAAACAUCAGCACGGAGGCGUAUGUGGACAAUCGUCAGGGCGGGAAUUUCUUCACAUAUCCUGCGAAGAACAUCGGCUAUUAUCCAGAGCCGUUUGAACGCGUUGCCGAGCGUCGGUUGCUCAGUCAGGACAGUCGGCCACCUGAGCCACCGCCGAGGGAUCCUCGUUACCGCGCGCUCAGUCACGGCUACAACUCUUAUCCGACCAACAGACACCAGAACGCGUCGAGCUGCUAUGAGCGAAGAUACGGUGAGGCAGCGAACGCCGCGAACGAACUGUCGAGGCCGGAUUGGCGGCACUUUCGGUCGUACGGAUCAAACAACGAGAUCGCCCGACAGUGCGACACAGUCCAGCUGAAAUAUUCGGCGACAUCGACUCCCAAGAUGGAGAUUUGCAAUUCGCUGGAGUAUAUGAACAACAAGUACAACUCCAGCCGCCACUGCACGAACAACGAGCUCUACAAGGAGACUGAACUAACGAGAUGCCGGCGCAGAAACAUUCGUAACGAACAGCUGAGUCGCAACGACGCGAAUUCCAGCGCGUAUAUCCCUCAGGGUCAAUCAGCGAAAAUUUGCGAGUCGAGUAAAAAGGAGACUGUUCCGUCGUAUGUGACCGCCAUGUGGACCGAUCGGUUGUCCAGGAGGUCUCCUUGUGAACAUGUCACUGCGACGUGCGAUGCUGAUAGAAACGAUAUCGAGAAGAGUCACGGGGAAGGCAACAGUGAAACGACGCUGGCCGAGGAAGCUUCAGAGAGACGCAGGAGUUCGAGGAAUCUGGAGGAAGCUCUGUGCGAACUGGAAGCGAUCUACAACAGUCUGCGCCUCGGCGACGAGGAUCUCCUGGACCGCGCGGAACGUCGAAGUAUGGAGGAGUUCAGUCUAAGGCAAGGCAGAAGCGAGCUGGACGCGAUGGCUGCCACGAACAGCCCGGACUCGCCGGACAGAACGAAGGACGACAUGGCAUACCGACGAAUGCACCCCAAGGAGAGACCCACGUCACUGUCGGAUAUCGCCGGACAGUCCACCUUGUCCAACAUCAGCUAUCUCGUCGCCUCGCCCGUUCUUUCGCGCAGAGAGGAGGACUUGAAACGCGUGUCGUCGGUCUACUCGGUGGGCCGUCGCGACGAGCCGGACGUGACCCGCGACGACAUGGUCUUCCGCAGUAUAAACCGUGCGAACAACACCCCCAAGGUGAUCGACCCGCAGCCGCCGUUCGGUAUCCCGCUCGGGCCGGUGACCGCGGCGACAGAGAGCGAUUACCUGCACACGACGCCGACGAAACCGGAACAGCCGCGCUCGCCGUACAUACCGCAGUGCGAGCCCGACGUAGUCACGGAUGACUUGGCUUACAGGGCGCUCAGGAAGGACGCGGGCGCGGCGCGGAACGGCGCGGAGAGCGUGAGGAAAAAACGCGCCGUUAGAUCGCUGUCGGCCAAUCUGUAUGGCUUAAUCAAUCACGACCGGAUCCACCUGCGACGUGAGCCUAGUCUCGACGCUAUCAAGGACGAAAUCCAGGACGCUGCUAGGAACUCGGUCGCUACGUCGGAGCGAACGCCUUAUCUCAGACGCGUGGUGAGUGACGGCGAGCUGUCUGACAAUGACAGGCGAAAAGAACCGGCCAGAGGAGGCGGCACUGAUAUCAACGGUAAUCAUCCAACCGUGGGCGCGUACCGGAAGAAGCUAUCGCGUGUCUAUAUAUCGCCGGAAACGAGCACGACAACGACGACGACAACGACACGAGAAAGUCCUAAGAAGGAGCCGAGUAUCGCAGAGAUAUCCGACGCCAUGCUAACAUCGAAGGCCGCCUUAGGCGACGAGUUUUGGCACGAGUACCUGCGCCCGGAUUCCAACGCCUCUAAUGCCAAUAGCAGUCACAGCACUGAAGCGGACUUCAGCGCGUACAGCCGUCUCUGCCAAGAUCUAGUUAACCUAAUCAAAGGCGACGAGCCGGAGCCGGCGGGCCAAACCAUCGUCGCCGUUGCGCCAGCCGACAAUAAGCCGGACGAGGACACCAAGCACGAGACCGACGAACUCUCUACAGGUAGCAGUGCGCGUUCUUUAGACAAUCAUUGCUCAGAACACUGCCAGCGUGCCGUGCAUAUUGAUGGCAAGCACAAUGCAGGCGAGAACGUAGAGAGCCCAGCAGCGUUCUCGACGAAUUCCACAGAGCCCGAGUCGGAGACGACAACGACUAGCAACCUUGAUUUCUACCUGCGUGUAGCGGAUGAGAAUGUGAAGCUGAUUGCGGCGGCUUUCGGCAGUGUAGCCGACCACCUGCGCGACAGUCGACUCUCUGCCCGCAAGAACUCGUCGACGUCACGCGACGUUUCCGAAAUCGAGAACCAAAGCGGCAGCACGCGCAGUUCCACCUUGUACAGCCCGGACGACGCGUACGACGACCGGCUUCGGCCUACCGUUGUCGUCUCUCCGAGACCCGAAGAGACCCGCGCAAUUUCGAAGCGCGAUUCUUGGACCAGCAACGAAGGGGACCAAGCUGUGAACUCUGACUACUUCGAACAAGACGUUUGCACUGCCGACGUGGAGCUGGAUCUGUCUAGAGCCGUGCGCGACCUGCAACUAGCCGCGGCCAGCCUGUACGAGCACGAACGAGAGAUCGAGGAUCUAGGAGUAGCGCGCGAUAAGAAAAUUGAUGUUCACGACACACAGGCGACCAUUGUCUCCAACACAAACAAACGUGAGGACAGUCCCAUUCGCAAGAUCAACCUCAUCGCUGACGCUCUGAGGAAAGAGCAAGAACAUCAAGAGGAGGAGGAGGAGGAGGAAAAGGAGGCGCGUAUUCGCGAGGCAACACCCGUGACUACCAUCAGCACGGAUGAGAACGAAGAUAAAAAUCUUCUUCGUAAGAUCAUCGCCGACGACCUGAGGCAGGAGCGGGAACGCGAUCAGGAAGAGGUGACGGUGCUGCCGAGUGGAAUCGCGGAAAUGCGACGCGACGCGCGCGAGGAGAGCUGCGAAGGUCUCCACAGGCGGUCGCUCGCUCAGACUGACGAUCGCACUGAAAUGCUCGUUCGAACUGCUGACGGUCGGCGAGAGUGAUAGUGCGAGAGACAAGGCGAAAGAAGGAUAAUAAGAAAGAAGUGAAAAAAAAACAAAAAGAGUGAGAAAGAGAGGAAUAGUACAGUUUCCGCUGUGAGGCGUAUCGACAUUGUUGUUGUUGUUGUUGCCACCCUUGUUUUUUUUACUGUUGUUGGUUUUAAUAAAGUUUAAAUGUUAAUCGUGCCAGUAGAAGAAAUCUUACUGCGCGCACACGUGCCUCCCGCUGCGGAGCGAGCCAUUCCAGAUCAAGCUAUCCGAUCCUACAUACACUGAGAGAAAAGAUAUUUGAAAAUCCUCUCUUAUUUGUGGCGUGUAGAGUUUAUUCCUGCGAAAAACUUCACCCACAAACAAGUUCUCAAGUAUCUUCUUCUCAAGAUAGUCGAUUCUCAAUUAUCGUUUUUUCGUUGUUUCACGCAUGACUAGGAAUGGGACCAAGUACAUAAUGUAUCAUCGUGUCAAUAUAAUCUGCGAUAUGUUUGGAUCCGCUGUGACCUCGAAACAUAACAGCGUUGAAACUUUGAGAAAUAUAUUUACGCGAAUAUUUUGAAACGUAACAAUUAUGUUUGUUAUGUUUGUAAGCAAGAGCACGUGAGAUAUCGCUGACUCGAAUAUACUUCGAAAAGUAUAUCAAUUAUAUAUUUGGUAUAUAUCGGUAUCAAUUGGUAUGUACUGGAUUCUGUAUUAUAUAUUUGAUUGUAGUAGUUCUUCUAUGUAAAGUGAAUUCAUGAUGUUCAAGUUUAAGAAAAUAUCGUUGUAUUUCAACGAAGUAAUAUUUAACUUUUAAAGUGCCUGAAAUUCUCUCAUGUUGAACUUGAUCCCAUCCCUAUACAUGAUACCUCAAGUAUCGGAUAGACAAGUUGCGGUAUAAGAAAAUUGUAAUUUUCAAAUAAAGUCAAGCCUUAUCAUUUUCUCUUUCGAUAGAAAGCACUUUGGACUUCUCCUGACUCUACCUAUAAGAUUUAGUAUUCAUUGUACAAGCAUUUCAUUUCACUAAGUUAUUCACUUCUUUUUCUGAAGCAAUAAAACAGAUAAUAUUUUUCAUGAA